UCACUGUCAUAGUUUGCCACUUCUUGUCUACUCAGUUUUAAAUGGGAUCUCGUUCCAGCAAAAUUAUUAGUAAUCCGACAAUGGCAGCCGAACUUCAACAAUUUAUAAAAAAUGCUGUUGCUCAAGAUAAAGUGGUAGUAUUUUCAAAAUCCUACUGCCCUUAUUGUAAACUAGCAAAAGAUGUAUUCAGUAAGGUAAAGCAACCAAUCAAAGUGUACGAGCUGGAUGAGCGUGAUGAUGGAGCAGCAAUCCAGGAUACAUUGUCACAGAUCACUGGCUUCAGAACAGUACCUCAGGUGUUUAUCAAUGGCAAUUGUGUUGGAGGAGGUUCUGAUGUAAAAGCCUUGUACGAAGCUGGCAAAUUGGAACCCAUGCUCAUUGGAUAGCUUAAUUAAUUUAAAUUAUUAAGUCAUAAUUUAAUAACUUGGCAAAUUUAUUGUUAUAAAAAAGAAAUAUUUUUGUUGCUUUUAUUAAA